GUCUAUGGUUUUGCUAACGCUGACUUCAUAAUGCAGCUGCUGCCGCCGCAAAUAAGACAUUGACAGAGAGGUUUAUUGUGCAAAACAGCGGAGCUGGCUAGCACAUGCAAGCUACCUAUCCCAUCCGAUGCAUAUUUCACUUGUCCAGAAUUUUACGAGUCUAGAUAAUAUUUUAGAUCCAUAACGAUGCAGUGGUGUAUACUGUCGUAAACGAUGGAGUAAAUGUCUGCUAGCCAGAUAACGUUAAGGGGCGUGCUAAGCUAGCUAGCUAACGUUAGCUACCAUUGGAAUUCCAGCUGUCUUGACAGCCAUCAUCGAAGACGUAAAUAACAUAUUUUAACAUACUUGGUCAAUCUCAUUAGUAUGGACUCAAAUGUGCAGAAGAGACGUGAGAACAAGAAAUCGCUCCGCGUGAAAGUGAUCAGUCUUGGCAAUGCCGAGGUGGGCAAGAGCUGCAUCAUCAAGCGCUACUGUGAGAAGAGGUUUGUGCCCAAGUACCUGGCCACCAUAGGGAUCGACUAUGGGGUCACCAAAGUCCAGGUGCGUGACAGAGAGAUCAAAGUGAACAUCUUUGACAUGGCAGGACACCCCUUCUUCUAUGAGGUUCGUAAUGAGUUCUAUAAGGACAGCCAGGGGGUGGUGUUGGUGUAUGAUGUUGGUCUGAGGGAGAGUUUCGAUGCGUUGGACAGCUGGCUGGGGGAGAUGAAACAAGAGAUGGGUUCCAUGGUUAACAUGGAGAGCAUCGUCUUCGUUGUGUGUGCCAACAAGGUGGAUCUGACUAAGCGUCGUGUAGUAGACGAGGGAGUGGGCAGGCUGUGGGCGGAGUCUAGAGGGUUCCACUACUUUGAGACGUCAGCACAGAGCGGUGAAGGCAUCAGUGAGAUGUUCCAGGCGUUUUUCUCCUCGAUAACGGACAUGUGUGAGAAUGGCGGGAAGCGCCCGGUUGCGGAGGUCACUGUCGGCUUCACCAAGGAGCAGGCCGACACCAUCCGACGCAUACGCAACAGCAAGGACUCCUGGGAUAUGCUGGGGGUAAAACCUGGAGCCACACGGGAGGAGGUUAACAAGGCGUACAGGAAGCUGGCUGUGUUGCUCCAUCCGGAUAAGUGCGUUGCCCCGGGCAGCGAGGAUGCUUUCAAGGCUGUGGUGAACGCUCGCACCUCCUUGCUCAAGAACAUCAAGUAGGACGCUCCGCCAACCAAUGCCAGCUAGGGACUCCGGUCAACGCUCUACACUCCACCCAUGACCCCUCGCCCCAGAACGUCAUUAGCCUUUUCUACCCUCUCCUAACCCCUUCUCCCCCCUCCCUGCUCUCCACCCCUCCCACCAGGUGCCAUGACAUUUUGCUACAACAGAGAUUUAUAAAGUCACUACUGAUGAUGUGCCACAGCUACUCUGUCUCUCUGUAAGGAGUCAAUGCUUUAAACUGUCAUCUUUCAAACACUGCAGAGAGAAGUCAAUGGAAGACCUGGUAAGUCAUUAACUUGGUCCUAACCAGUAAGGCUGGGAAAUGCCAGGGACCUCACGAUACGAUAUUGUCACAAUACUUUAGGUGCCGAUACGAAAUGAAAACACGUUUUGAUCAGUCAUGGGGGGGGGGGAAAAGUGCUGAAAAUGAAUUUGUUCCCCUAUUUAAAAAGGAGAUGAAGAACAAGCUAUGAAGGAUAAAUGUUGGUAACAAGAAUUAUAUUGCAAUAUUGUCAAAACAUAAUUACCCCGAUAUGUGACUCCAUCAAUUACUUCUAACCAGAUGUUGUUAGCUCUGGUCCAGAGCGUUCAAGCAGCUUGUUGAGUUAAAGGAAGGUUCAACAUCAGCAAGCUGCACACACGUAACGCCCUGGACAAGAGCUAUAGGUGCUGUAAACAUGAAUGGUUGUAAUAAGGUGGGUAAUGCAACAACAACAAAAUUACACAACGUGAUUUCGCCACGUUUUUUUGCUGUCCCAGACACAUUUUCCUGAAAUCCUAUGAGGUUGGGCUAGGCUAGGAUCAGUACGUGGGGACUCGUAGUUUGAGCGGGUCGAGGAGGCACCGAUGAUGGCGGUUCCAUUUUCCAGACCCUCGUCGGAUGAGACAAUUUUAAAAAUUUUCCGACGUCAGAAAUGUUGGUCGUCCAUCUUGCAGGGAUGUGACUAAUGGAGCAUUUUUCUUCAUGUUUCAACGGGUUUGAGAAGCACUGGUCUACAGUCCCUACUCUGCCCUCUGGACAAACCUCAUCCUUUGAAAUACUUACCCCAGCCAACCCCAUACAGUAUAACUCAGUGUUCACAGCGUAUAUGCUGUGUCCCCUUCCUCAAGACAUUUUGUUUCUCCACAGCCACAGAUUCACCGAGGGGUGUAGUAACUAACUGAGAGAUGGGGAAACUGCAGCAAACCUCUUAAGCAAGUGCCCAUCUUAGCUCUAGAGGAUCACAUGUAUAUCCACCAUCACCCACUACAGAGCCCCAGCUCUCAGUACACCAAACCAAAACCCUGUUUGUCAAAACCCAGUUUGGUUUGAAUAAUCUGGAUGAUCAGUCACAUCCUAUUACUCAUCCAAAAGAUGUUAGAUACCCCCCCGGUAUAUAUUCCCCCCCCCCGGUAUAUAUACCCAAAUCAAAUGUAUUUAUAAAGCCCUUCGUACAUCAGCUGAUAUCUCAAAGUGCUGUACAGAAACCCAGCCUAAAACCCCAAACACCAAGCAAUGCAGGUGUAGAAGCACGGUGGCUAGGAAAAACUCCCUAGAAAGGCCAAAACCUAGGAAGAAACCUAGAGGAACCAGGCUAUGAGGGGUGGCCAGUCCUCUUCUGGCUGUGCCGGGUGGAGAUUAUAAAUAAAUUAUAAUACCUUCACUUAAACGUUUACUGAAAUGUCUGCUGAUGACUUCAUAGCUGACAGAGCUCCUGAUUGGUGGGUAGAGCUAUGACAUCGGCAGUGCCAAACCCUAACAGUGGUGUUUACAUGAUGAUGAUUAGAGGUUGUAAUCAUAGAAUACAAUCUCUAGAACGGGUUUUGGAGCCUCUGACCCUAUUGACUUGAAUGGGGAGGCCCGUUCUAUAGAUUCUAUUUCUAUGUCUGUGAGAACCUGGAACAGGGGAGGAUGUUGCAAAGCACGAUCGAUUAGUUACCCUGCUCACCGGGCCAACGUUUCCUUCAAUAACUUCAUAUGUUUAUCGAGAUAGAUUUUGAAAAUGGUAUAAUUAACUCAACGACCACAACAACCCAUAAUCCCAAAUUAAAAAAAAAAAAAUGAAAGAAUAAUAAGAUAAUUGAGCAGGUUGUAAAAGUGAGCAGGUUAACUUAGUGAAUGUGUUUUCUGAUACGGCCCACUGGGUAUUUUAUAAACGAACUAGACUGGCGUGUUUGUUUACGACUCCUAUUGGUCCAAGUGACUGACAUGUUAAAGGUCCAAUGAAGACAUGUUUAUCUCCAUAUCAAAUAAUUUCUUGGGUAACAAUUAAGUAUCUGACUGUGAUUUGUUUCUAAUUCAAAUGGUCAAAAAGGAACAAAAAUAGCUUUUUAGCAAAGAGGCAAUUUCUGAAUUUCACUGUGGGAGUGGUCUGAGUGGGGAGGGGAAAAUGGAAAACUAUCUUUUAUUGGCAGAGAAGUUUGGAACUCUCUUUCUUAUUGGUCUAUUACCUAAUUCACCGCCCUGUGAUGUCACCAGGCAGGCCAAAACUCCAUCCCACCAAAACAGGCUGACAUUUCAGGCGGUCUUUUCAAACAGCUCUUACACUUAAAGGGCAUUAUCAUAAUUUUCACAGUAUUAUUCCAACCUCCAUAGUGUGGAAAUAUAUAUAAAACACAGCAAAAAUCACGUUUUUGACUGCACUGGGCCUUUUUAAGGUACAACUAAGACAUGAGAAGAUAGAUGAUUUUAGCCUGAGUAGUGAGCAUGGUAUUUAAACACGCAGACAGAUGUGUAUAUGAAAUCCAUGCUAUUUAUAUUUUUAUAUCAACACCAGAAGAGUGAACAUACUGUAUGACUAUAAAGAUAUGUGCUGGUACUUCCUGUAUAAUAUAUAUUGAACUAUGAUUUGUUUCUUUCGUCAUGUAUAGUAUGUUUAUAAAUGUGAAUAUUUAUGGUGAGGAUUUUAUCUAUUUGAUAAGAGGAUAUUUAUUGUACUGAAUCGUUACUGUGAAGCAUGUUUUGAACCAGGCAGAGCACAGUGAGUGAACAAUGACAACAGAGUGAAUGAUCACUAGCUUCGAUACCGUGUGGUAGAUAGCGCUAUUAGCUUCGAUAUGGUGUGUUUACCUUGAUUAGCUCUGUGAGAGACUGUAUUAUUUCAUGUUUUGUACCCCGGGAAGUGUAGUUGCUGCUUUUGUAAUGGCUAAUGUGAAUCCUAUUACUGUAAAGAAAUAGUAUGUUAGAGUCAUUUUUACAGGAGGCUUCCGUAUUACAGUUAAUAACAGUAUUUUUCAACAUUUUGCCCAUAAUGCAGUGCAGUAUGUUAACAUUAUUAAAGUGACCAGUGUUCCAUUACUAAAGUGA